AUGUUUCGGGCUCAAGUAAACCCAUUCGAUGAGGGCGUAACAAAGGCGACUGACGAGAACCUCACCUCGGAGAACUGGGAGCAUAUCCUCAAUGUAUGCGACAAGGUCGAUGCGAAUCCGGAGAAUGGAUCGAGGGAUGCGCUGGGGGCUAUUCAGAAGAGGUUGGUGCAUAGGAGUGCGAAUGUGCAGUUGUAUGCUUUGACGCUUGCGGAGGCGUUGUCGAAGAACUGCGGGACGAAGGUGCAUAGGGAAAUGGCGUCUAGGGCUUUCACGCAAACGCUUCAGAGGCUUGUGAAUGAUAGGGCUACGCAUUCAACAGUCAAAUCCAGAAUCUACGAGCUCAUGGAGCAGUGGGCAAACGAGUUCAAAUCAGAUCCAUCACUCGGUAUUAUGCAAGAAGCUUUCGAUACAAUCAAGCAGGCACCUGGUGUUCAAGCACCUGCGAAGCCGCAGAAACGAGAGAUUACGGAUGCGGAUCGACGGAAGGAGGAGGAGGAGUUGCAGAUGGCGUUGGCUUUGUCGUUGAGUGACACUUCGAUAUCUGGGCCGAGUCAGCCAAUUUCGCAGCAGCAGGGUCAGCAACAACAAGAAGUAUCGUCGCCUCAAGAAUCAGCGCAGUCAGCUCCUCAUACGACCGCUGCCACCGUGUCCCGGGUGAAAGCACUCUAUGACUUUACCCCGACUGAAGCAGGUGAACUCGCCUUCCGAAAGGGAGACGUUAUCUCCGUUCUUGACUCUGUUUUCAAGGACUGGUGGCGUGGUUCUCUCCGUGGUGAGACCGGUAUCUUCCCUGUAAACUACGUGGAGAUCUUGCCUGAUCCAACACCGGCUGAACUCCAACGCGAAUCAGAGGAGGAAGCUAAGGUCUUUGCCGAGUCGAAGAAUAUCGAGUUGCUGUUGUCAAUGCUGAGCAGUAAUGACCCGGCGAGGAAUGGUGCGGUUGCGGAAGACGAGCAGUUACAGAAUUUGUACCAUACGACUCUUGCGAUCAGGCCCAAGUUGGUUCGCCUGAUUGAGAAGUACUCUCAGAAGAAAGAUGAUCUCAUUGCGCUUAAUGAGAAGUUCAUCAAGGCAAGGCGCGACUACGAUCAACUCAUGGAAGCGUCUAUGAAUCACUACAGUCAUGCUCGCCCACCCGUGGGAGGAAUGGGUUACCCUGGACAUGCGUCUCCACCA